AUGAAGCUCUUCCCGGAGAGCAUUUGGAGCUGCGAGGCCACCGUUGUGGCACAGGGCGGGGUGGGGAACCGUUCCAGCUCCGGUGCGGGCUGUGCCGGGCCGGGCUGUGCCGAUACGGAACGUCCCGGCCCCCGGGGGUUGGCGGGGAGCCCGGCGCUCUGGCUGUGCCGGGGGUGGCGGAGGUCUGCAGCGGGCACGAUAAAGGCGGCGGCGGCGGCGGCCGAAACACAGAGCGGCAUCGGCAGCACCGGGAGGGACAGCGGGGCCGGGGGGGGGGGGGCAGGGCGGGGCUGCGGGGGGGGGUGGGCGCCCCUGCUGGCGGCAGGGACAGUCCAUGGCCAGGAAUCAACAACACCACGGCCCCAGCCCAGCUCAUCCGUAGGUGUCACCACGUGGACACGUGAGGAGCCUUCACCCAGCUCAGGGGCAGCUGAACCACAGACGUUGCCCCAGGACACAACUCCCAGCAAAGAGAGAGCAGCCUCUCCAUCUCCACCGCACACCACUGCAACAGCACCUUCAGCUGCGACCCCAAGCACUUCAGCAGCUGAACCUCCCUCCAGCCCUGCAGGGUCAUCAUCUCUGCCCGUGACACCGGGCUCAGCUCUGACGACCACAGCCCCAUCCAACGCCCCCACCACAUCAGCCCCAUCCAAGCUGACCUCAGUGCCCAACCACACAUGGUCCCCAGGCACAGCGCUGGCCCCGUCCUCUCCUGGGCAGCCCACCUCCCCUCCCAGCUCUGCUGUGCCCACCGCCAGCCCCGCUCCUGGCACUUCCUCCGCUCUCAGCUCCAGCACUGCGCAGCUGCUCGGGACUGGCAGCCUGGCACAGCCCUCCUCCAAAUCCAACCCCGGAGUGGUGGUGAUCAUCUGCCUCUUUGUGGCUGUGCUGGUCGGGGCCGUGGCCAUGCUGCUGGUGCGGCUGUGCCGCUGCAGGAAGCCCCACUUCCAGAGGCUGGAUGAGGUGCCCAUGGGCAAAGUGUCAGAGGAAUCCUCCUUUGCCCGUCACCCCCCCAGGUGACCCCGCUGUGCCGAAUAAAGAUGCUGCAGCCCCGGC